CCGAACCCACAGGCAAGGUUGUCAUUCUAAAAAAGAGUAACAAAUGUGUCGUUAUAUUGUUACAUGCGUGUUAGCUUUCCAUUCGAAGGCAUCCAUCGCAUCCAAAGUCAGGUAGGUAAAUAGCAGCUCCACAUCGAACGACUCUUCUUCUUAAAACCUCACACCAUCCACAGCACAAACGCUCCAUCUCGUCACUCGACCAUGUUGUCCUUCAAGGCACGUCGGAGUGAGCCCGAGCUGGUGUCACCGGCACGGCCAACGCCACGCGAGACGAAGGCCCUCUCUGACCUCGACGACCAGCGGACACUGCGGUACUAUGAGACGGUCAUCGGGUUCUUCCGCAGCCGUCCCGGUCACAGAAACAGGCCAGAUGACCCGGCGAAGGCUAUCAAGGUGGGACUGGCGGAGGCGCUGGUGUACUACUAUCCUGUAGCCGGACGGCUCAGGGAGGCCGCCGGGGGGAAGCUGGUGGUGGACUGCACGGCGGAAGGCGUGGUGUUUGUGGAGGCCGAAGCAGAUGCGCGGCUGGAGGAGUUCGGCAAGCCGUUGCUGCCGCCGUAUCCGUGUGUAGAAGAGCUGCUGUGCGAUGCAGGGGAAACAAGAGCCGUCAUUGGCAAACCAUUGCUCCUCAUGCAGGUGACGCGGCUCAAAUGUUGUGGAUUUGUUAUCGGGUUCCACAUGUGCCAUAACAUUGCUGAUGGCUUUGGUAUGGUUCAGUUCAUCAGAACUAUAGCUGAAUUAGCUCGUGGUGAAGCAUUGCCCACCAUUUUUCCCAUUUGGGAAAGAGAUCUCCUGACGGCACAUAAGCCAUCCCUCAUCACACAUUCGAAUGUCACAUACAAACCAUUACCAAAUGGCUUAGACAAUAAAUCUGAUGACGUGAUGUUGUCAACUCCACCCGAACACAUGAUAGUCCAGUACUUCCUGUUUGGGCCAAGGGAGAUGGCAGCUCUACGAAGCCACAUAAGGGGAUACAGUGCCAAUUCUACUACAGCCUUUGAACUGCUAACUGCUAUCAUGUGGCGAUGCCGCACAAUAGCUUUGGGAUACAAGUCUAAUCAGCGAGUGCGUCUUAUGAUUACAAUGAACGCACGUGGCAAGUGGAAUCAGCAUACCAUCAUCCCACGGGGCUACUAUGGGAACGCACAUUUCUCUCCCAUAGUAGAAGCCACCGUUGAUGAGCUCUGCCGGCAGCCGCUCGCCCACACAGUUGAGCUUGUGCGCAAAACCAAGCUCAGCGUGACAAAGAAGUACAUGAAAUCAAUGGUAGAUACAAUUUCAUUGACGCGCCAGUGGCCACCUCUGGCAAUGAUGGACAGGAUGUACGAGGUUUCUGAUACAAAAUGGAUUGCAGCAAAUGUAAUUACGAGGUUUGGGUGGGCUGAGUUGGUGGGUGGUGGCAUACCACUGGCUGGCGACCUUACUUCAAAGUUGGGAAGCGAUCACAUGAGGUGCAAGAACGAAGAUGGUGAGCUCUCAACCACAGUGUCAAUGCUUUUGCCAAGGCCGGCGAUGGAGAGGUUUAAAAAUGAGAUGGCUGUUUGGCUGAACAAACAUGAUGAGAAGAACUCAGUUAUACUGAGUUCCCUCUAGGAAAGUGUAUGAUAUUGAUGGUUCUGAACUGAUUGAAUUUAAUGGAAGGCAAAUCCUUGGGCCCACGGCAAAGGCAUUUUGAUAUCCGCUUUCAACGUUCUGAUCUGGCAGCACAGUGUAACAAAACAGAUAGGAAUUUAGAUGCCAUGCAUGUUACCUUACAUUUAUUGUUUAUGUAUC